UCGUCGUUCAGUCGCCAUUUUUGCAGGCAACGACAGCAGUAUUGAUUCAGUGCGCUUCGGUUUCGGUCAAAAAUAAUUCAAUUAUUAUCCUUCGUGUAAAAGAAAUUGCCAUUGCCCUUGCAAUUGAUAUACACAAUAUCACAUUUAGUUCCACGGUUUUAAAACAAAUAUAUUAAAUAAAAAUGGCAGAUGUUGAGAAUGGAAACUCGAAUGGCAAUUACAACGAUGAGCCUAUUACCGAGCCUGAGCAAUUAAGAAAGCUUUUCAUUGGUGGUUUAGAUUACCGAACUACCGACGAUGGCUUAAAAGCGCACUUUGAAAAAUGGGGUAACAUUGUUGACGUGGUUGUAAUGAAAGACCCCAAAACAAAACGUUCCCGAGGUUUCGGUUUCAUUACAUAUUCACAGUCAUAUAUGAUUGAUAAUGCUCAAAACGCUCGUCCUCAUAAAAUUGAUGGACGUACCGUGGAACCUAAAAGGGCAGUACCGCGCCAAGACAUUGACAGUCCAAAUGCAGGUGCUACUGUUAAAAAGUUGUUUGUAGGCGGUCUCCGUGAUGACCAUGACGAAGAGUGUUUACGAGAAUACUUCAAGUCUUAUGGUAAUAUUGUUGGAAUCAAUAUUGUUGCGGACAAAGAAACUGGAAAGAAACGUGGAUUUGCCUUCAUCGAAUUCGACGACUACGAUCCCGUCGAUAAAAUAAUUCUACAAAAGAAUCAUACUAUUAAAAAUAAGGUUCUUGAUGUAAAGAAGGCUAUCGCUAAACAGGAUAUGGAACGUCAAGGAGGAGGUGGUGGAGGUGGACGUGGACAAGGAGGAAGAGGGGGCGGACGUGGUGGUGACCGUAACAAUCAAGGAUGGGGUGGUAAUAAUAGACAAAACGGAGGAAAUUGGGGUGGUAAUAAUUUUGGUAACAAUGGAAACUUUGGAGGCAGCCAAAGUGGUCCAAGCGGCCCAGGUAACUGGAAUAACCAACCAGCACCUUGGAAUAACCAGUCUGGUAAUGACGGUGGCUGGAAUAAUGGCGGCGGAUUUGGUGGUCCCGGAAAUGGUGCCAGUAAUGGCUGGAGUGGAAAUAACGGGGGUGGCAAUUUUGGUAGUGAUUACCAACAAAGCUAUGGGGGCGGUCCUCAAAGGGGAAACAACUUCGGAAAUAACCGUUCCACACCUUAUAAUCAAUACAACAAAGCAGGGAACGUGGGUGGACAAAGUGGUGGUUUUGGCGGUAAUAAUUACAACACCGGUGGAGGCCCAAACGGUGGCAACAUGGGUGGUGGUAACCGAAGAUAUUAAAAAUUGAGGUAAAGUACAUAGUACAAUUUCAAACAGAGAGACAGGCAGUCUAGGCACAGGCAGGCAGGCAGGAAGAGAAAUGAAAUAAGAUGAAUAACAGAUAAUGCAGACAACUGCAGUCCAAACGCAAAUCUACAUUUGUAUAGGCAAAUAAGGAAAUUUAUACAGAAAAACUAAAUAUUUUAUUUGACAUUCACACAAGUACAAAGGAACCAUAAAACCCGAAUAUUUGUAGUGAACGAAAUUAUUUAAAUGUAACCCACUACAUAUAAAACACAUAAUACCAUAGAAUACCCCAUAAAUGGAAAAGUACACUUUAUACGUACUUUGAUAGUUUUUUUUCAUAUUCUGUGUAUUAAAACACCUGUCUUAACAUCUUUCAAUUUUUACUAUAAUUUUACUUGUAAGACAUUUAUAAGUUCUCAUAAAACGCAUUUAAUAAUUAAAAGUAUUAAAUAUGAUACAGCAUAAUUUUGAGAAAAUUAGACGAAAAUAAACAUCAUGAAGAAACAGAAUCUGCUUAACUCCACCAUUUGAGUUACCCUUAUAAUUCUAGUUAUAGUUUUUAAAUUAUAAACAAAACUUGUUAAAACAGUAUAAUAAAUUGAUGUAAGCGUGAAAUCAAUAAGGAAUUCUUCAAAAGUUUAACCACGUAACAGUUUA